GUGGAUCAAACUAUCUCAUAAGUGAGGAAGGCCAGAUUGCGCACCGAGAUUUCUCCAGGGCUCUUCGUGCAAUUUAAGUCCAUUGGCCCGUUUCAUAUCCUCAGUCUUGGAGAUCCGAAGAGCUGUUGGCAUCUUUUUGCACUUGGAUUAGAUAAUAGAGGAAAGAAAUGGAGAGACAACACCCAUUAGAUGCAGAAGCUGGACAAAGCCCUCCUUUUGCUCCGUUUGGGCAGAUCAGGAUAAAAACUGAGCCAAAGGACCCAGCCAAAGACUUUAUCAGCUCGGAGAUCCAGCGUAAAAACUUCAGGAAGGUGUCUUACCAGGAGGCUGGGGGUCCCCGAGGUCUCUUCAGCCAACUCCAUUGUCUUUGCCAUCAGUGGUUGAAGCCAGAAAGACAUACAAAGGCAGAGAUGCUGGACCUGGUGGUUCUGGAGCAGUUCCUGGCUCUUCUGCCCCCAGAGAUGGAGAGCUGGGUGCGGAAUGGUGGAGCAGAGACCAGCUCCGAGGCGCUGGCCAUGGCUGAAGGCUUCCUCCUGAGCCAGUCGGAGGAGCCGAAGGAGCAGGUCAAGCUUCAGGCCCAGAGGCCUCUCUCGGGGGCCAUUCCUCAACAUCUGGAUGGAAAGAGCAACCCCUCAAAUCUUUCCCAGGAACGGCCUAUUUGGAAGAACUCCCAGGAAAAGCCAAGUUUGCUCAUCUCACCAGAGAAUAUCAAGAAGUCAUUGGAAUCCAGGGAGCACACUCCCUUUUCUGGUGAACCCCAAAAAGCAACUGAGCCUCCAGUUCAGGAUCUUGUGACCUUUGAAGAAGUCGCUGUGUAUUUCUCCAAAGAGCAAUGGUCUCAACUAGAUCCAGAACAGAAAGCCCUUCAUAAAGAAGUCAUGCUGGAAAACUACAGAAAUGUGACUUCUGUGGUUGACUUCAACAGGAUGAAAAGGCCACAGAAUUUUUCAGUAAAAAUCAGUAAGAAACCAAGAAGGGAAGAAGUUGUAUCAGAAUUGGCCUUGGAUGAUACAAAACAGUCACAAGUGCAACCCUUUCAACUUGCAAAAAGCAGCCCGUCAGUUACAGAAAUAAAUAACGAUACCUCCAAAAUUGAAAACAGUCUUCCUGAAUGCUGGACAAUGCAACAAUAUAACAGUUUCAAAGGGAAAUAUGACGGUAUGGAAAUUUCCAACAAAAAGUUGGGCUGCAAGUAUUGUGCAAAACAUGACUUCCUAAAAAUGCGAAGUAUUCAUGUGUCAAAAGAAUGGAAAUAUUUUCAGAUCGAGGCAGCAGGGAGAACUAAAGAGGUAAAACAAGCUUCUCUAAGGAAAAAAAUGAAAGAACAUUUUUCAUCAAAAGCUCAUAAUAUUUGUAAAGAGAAGAUAAUAGAAAUGGAGCAGGCUUCAGAGGCAAAAUGUAAGACGAAUGAAAAAAAUGUACAAGCUGCUUGUAGAGUAUUUAAUACAGUUUACAGCUUGGCACAAAGAUGUAAACCAAUUUCAGACAUAGAAGGUGAGAUAGAAGUGCAAAUUAAAAACGGAUUAGAUAUGGGAAUAGGAUUACAUUCAUGUAAAACUGCAGUGAACAUAGUUGGUUUCAUUGCAAAAGAAAUUAAAAAACAAUUAUUUGCUAAAAUUAUUGAAAAUAAUCUGAAAAUAUGUUUGAUUAUUGACGAAGCCUCAACAAUAUCUUGCAAACCAGUUCUUAUACUUUUCUUAAAAGUUGAGGAUUCAGUUACAUCACCAACUAUUUUCCUUGAGCUCAUUGAAUUGGAAAAACAAGACGCAGAGACAAUAUGUUCUUCAAUUAUGGAAAGUUUAAAUAAAGUUGGGCUUACUGAGAACUAUCUUAUACAAAAUUUAGUAGGAUUUUGCUCCGAUGGUGCCAGCCUUAUGCUUGGGAGGAAAUCUGAAGUGAGCACUAGGAUAACCAAAAAGUUUCCAAACAUAGUAAUUUGGCACUGUUUAAACCACCGCCUCCAACUUGUGUUAGAUGAUUCGAUAAAGGAAAUAAAGCAAGUCAAUCAUUUUAAAAUAUUUAUUGAUAAGAUGUAUACUAUUUUUCAUCAAUCCAAUAGGAACCAAAUUGAACUUACCAAAAUAUCUGAACAACUUGGAACUGAAAUUAUAAAAGUUGGUAGUAUUUUGGGACCAAGAUGGGCUGCCUGUAGUUUAAGGUCAACCCUAGCUGUGUGGCACGCUUAUCCAGCGUUACAUCGCUGUUUUCAUUCAAAUGAAAAGUACUUCGGUAUGGCUGCCCGUCUUGAAAAUAUAUAUUUUAUAACCGAUUUGGCAUUGAUGAUUGAUAUUCUGAGUGAAAUUUCUCGUCUUUCAAAUGAACUGCAAGCAAAAGAUGUGGACAUAACAAAGGCUGAAAAAAUUGUGAGAAGUUCUAUUACAGCAUUUCAGGUACUCCAAAAGGAAAAGGGUCCCUUCGAAAGAAAAGUUGAUGAAUUAAUUACUUCGGAAACCUUCAAAAAUAUACAAUUUGUAAAAAAUCACCGAUUUGUUGGGCUUCCUCGGGAAAGACUUCUAGAAAACAUCGUAAUGAAUUUGAAGAAAAGACGAAUGGAUUGUGAACAUUUAAAAACAGAUUGCAGCCCGUUUCAAGACAGGACUAAAUUGCAGUUUCUCAAAUUUUUGGAACCAGAAUCCUGGAAUAUUGAAGAAGUAGCAGUCCUGUGGAAAGCAGGUGAAGAACAGUUGCUUGAAUUUAAUGACAUUUUUAAUUACCAAAUUGAUAUUAAUGAUUAUCGAGAUUUUGUGGAAAACGUUUUAGAAAAUUCCCAGAACUACACAAUUCCUAAAAGUGUUCAAAGAGCUAAAAAUAUUGUCAGGACAGUUGCUGUAAGUUCAAUAGAAGCAGAAAUGUGUUUUUCAAACAUGAACAUAAUUUGUUCAGAGAAGAGAAGUUCGCUAACUGUUUCUGAUAUAUCAAACGUAAUGACUAUUAGUCUAAUCGGCCUACCUCUAAAGGAAUGGGAUCCUACUUCUACAGUGAAAAGAUGGUUAAGGGAAAAUCACAUGGCUGAUUAUGGAGUAAAAAUUGCAAAUGACACCAAUCGAAAAGCAAUAUGGAAAUACCUGACAUAACAGUUUUAUUAGUUUUUGUCAGGUAUUAUGUAUUAGUUUUUCAUGAAUAUUUAAAAUCUAGUUUUCUGUACCUCUUUUAUUCUUAUUUAAAUGUCAACCCUGAAGUGAACAUAGCUGAGGCCAUUUUGGAGGCUUCA